AUGAAAGAAAAGUCUAAAAAUGCUGCCCGGACGAGGAGAGAGAAAGAAAACAGUGAAUUUUAUGAACUGGCUAAAUUACUGCCUUUACCCUCAGCCAUCACCUCGCAACUGGACAAAGCAUCCAUCAUCAGACUCACGACCAGCUAUCUCAAAAUGAGAGUGGUCUUUCCAGAAGGGCUUGGCGAGGCGUGGGGCCACACCAGUCGAACCAGCCCCUUGGACAACGUUGGUCGCGAACUCGGCUCUCAUCUACUCCAGACUCUGGAUGGCUUCAUUUUCGUGGUGGCCCCAGAUGGAAAGAUCAUGUACAUUUCAGAGACAGCUUCCGUUCACCUGGGCCUUUCUCAGGUAGAGCUGACUGGGAACAGCAUCUAUGAAUAUAUCCACCCAGCUGACCAUGAUGAGAUGACAGCAGUGCUCACAGCCCAUCAGCCUUACCACUCUCAUUUUGUACAGGAGUAUGAGAUCGAACGCUCCUUCUUUCUAAGGAUGAAGUGUGUUUUGGCCAAGCGUAAUGCUGGCCUCACCUGCGGUGGCUACAAGGUCAUUCACUGUAGCGGCUACCUGAAGAUCCGCCAGUACAGCCUGGAUAUGUCUCCAUUUGAUGGGUGCUACCAAAAUGUGGGCUUGGUGGCUGUGGGUCACUCCCUGCCUCCCAGCGCUGUUACGGAGAUCAAACUUCACAGUAACAUGUUCAUGUUCCGAGCCAGUCUGGACAUGAAGCUUAUUUUCCUGGACUCUAGGGUGGCAGAGCUGACUGGAUAUGAGCCUCAGGACUUGAUUGAGAAGACCCUGUACCAUCAUGUGCAUGGCUGUGACACCUUCCACCUGCGCUGUGCACACCACUUAUUGUUGGUGAAGGGACAAGUGACCACCAAGUACUACAGAUUCUUGGCUAAGCACGGCGGCUGGGUCUGGGUGCAGAGUUACGCCACCAUCGUACACAACAGCCGCUCCUCCAGGCCGCACUGCAUCGUCAGUGUCAACUACGUCCUCACAGACACAGAAUACAAAGGGCUGCAGCUCUCCCUGGACCAGAUAUCAGCCUCUAAACCCACUUUCUCCUAUACCAGCAGUUCCACACCUACCAUCACUGACAACAGGAAGGGGGCCAAGUCAAGGCUCUCGAGCAGCAAGUCAAAAUCAAGGACUUCCCCAUAUCCCCAGUAUUCAGGAUUCCACACUGAGAGAUCUGAAUCUGACCAUGACAGCCAGUGGGGUGGAAGUCCCCUGACUGAUACUGCCUCCCCACAGCUUCUGGACCCAGAGAGGCCUGGCUCUCAGCACGAGCUGUCCUGUGCAUACAGGCAGUUCCCAGAUCGCAGUUCGCUCUGCUAUGGCUUUGCUCUGGAUCAUUCCAGGCUGGUGGAGGACAGGCACUUCCACACCCAAGCCUGCGAGGGAGGGCGGUGCGAGGCAGGCAGGUACUUCCUGGGAGCGUCACCUGCUGGGAGAGACCCCUGGUGGGGUGCUCGGGCAGCUUUACCGCUUACCAAGGCCUCCCCGGAGAGCAGAGAAGCCUAUGAGAACUGCAUGCCGCACAUCACCUCUGUCCACAGAAUCCACGGUCGAGGUCACUGGGAUGAAGAUAGUGUGGUCAGCUCGCCAGACCCUGGGUCAGCCAGUGAAUCCGGUGACCGAUACCGCACCGAACAGUAUCAAAAUAGCCCACACGAACCUAGCAAAAUUGAAACUCUCAUAAGAGCUACCCAGCAGAUGAUUAAAGAGGAAGAGAACAGAUUACAGCUAAGGAAAGCCUCUCCAGACCAGCUGGCUUCCAUUAAUGGAGCUGGGAAAAAACACUCCCUCUGUUUUGCAAACUAUCAACAGCCUCCACAGGCAGGUGAGGUCUGCCACAGCUCUGCUCUUGCCAGCUCUUCUCCAUGUGACCAUAUCCAGCAGAGAGAGGGAAAAAUGCUCAGCCCUCAUGAGAACGACUAUGACAACAGCCCCACUGCACUGUCUCGGAUAAGUAGUCCCAGUUCUGAUCGCAUUACAAAGUCCAGCUUAAUCCUGGCUAAAGACUAUCUACAUUCAGAUAUGUCUCCUCAUCAGACUGCAGGAGACCAUCCUGCCAUCUCUCCAAACUGUUUUGGCUCCCACCGGCAGUAUUUUGAUAAGCAUGCCUAUACAUUAACUGGCUAUGCCCUGGAACAUUUAUAUGACAGUGAGACGAUUAGAAACUAUUCCUUGGGCUGCAAUGGCUCACACUUUGAUGUAACUUCCCAUCUAAGGAUGCAACCAGACCCAGCACAAGGACACAAGGGAACAUCUGUUAUAAUAACCAAUGGAAGUUGA